AUGAAUCGAACAUUGACAGAAAGAGCCAGAAGCAUGCGCAUACAUUCGGGUCUACCCAAACAGUUUUGGGCAGAAGCGGUCAAUACAACAUCCUACCUAAUAAAUCGUGGACCAUCGGUACCUUUGAAGCAUCGAAUACCAGAAGAGGUAUGGAUUGGCAAAGAGGUAAAUCUUUCAUGGUUGAAAGUUUUUGGUUGUAUUGCAUAUGUGCAUAUUAGGGUUUUUAAGUACAAGAAUGGAUCAAACUCUGUUCUAGUUGUGAAGAAAGAUGAUUAUGACAAGUGCAACACAGAGAAGCCGAUCAUGAAGAUGGACGAUGGUGAUUCAGUCUUUAAGUUUGAUCGGUCGGGUCCAUUCUUCUUCAUCAGUGGAAACAAAGAUAAUUCCCAAAAGGAUCAGAAGCUCAUCGUUGUUGUUUUGGCAAUCAGAAACCAUAACAAGUUUCCCCCGGUGGCCGUACCUCCAGCGCCGGUGGGUCAGACUCCAGCAUCGUCACCGUCACCAACAAAGUCCUCCCCUUCGCCAGCCCCAGCUACAACACCAUCUCCAAUUUCUCAUACUACGUCAGCAACGUCACUGUCACCCAUAUGA